UUAAUCACACAACAAACUUAGCUCAUCGCAAUAAAAAGCAGCUCAGAGCUGACUGGCUCUUUUAGACACUGACUCGGAAAGGGAUUUUCUUUCACCCGGGCGUCUCUUCCAGUGGGCUCCGCCAGCACAUCCAGCAGCACCAUGUGGGUGACCAAACUUCUGCCAGUCCUGCUGCUACAGCAUGUUCUCCUACAUCUCCUUUUGCUUCCCAUCGCCAUCCCCUAUGCAGAGGGGCAGAGGAAAAGAAGAAAUACACUUCAUGAAUUCAAAAAAUCAGCAAAGACUACCCUAAUUAAAGAAGACCCAUUACUGAAGAUCAAAACCAAAAAAAUGAACGCUGCAGACCAAUGUGCCAAUAGAUGUGUGAGGAAUAAAGGACUAUCAUUCACUUGCAAGGCCUUUGUUUUUGACAAAGCAAGAAAACGAUGCCUCUGGUUCCCUUUCAACAGCAUGUCAAGCGGAGUGAAAAAAGAGCUUGACCAUGAAUUUGACCUCUAUGAAAACAAAGACUACAUUAGAAACUGUAUCAUUGGUAAAGGAGGCAGCUACAAGGGAACGGUGUCUAUCACUAAGAGUGGCAUCAAAUGUCAGCCCUGGAAUUCCAUGAUACCACAUGAACACAGCUUUUUGCCUUCGAGCUAUCGGGGUAAAGACCUACAGGAAAACUACUGUCGAAAUCCUCGAGGGGAAGAAGGGGGACCAUGGUGUUUCACAAGCAACCCAGAGGUACGCUACGAAGUCUGUGACAUUCCUCAGUGUUCAGAAGUUGAAUGCAUGACCUGCAAUGGGGAAAGUUAUCGAGGUCCUAUGGAUCAUACAGAAUCAGGCAAGAUUUGUCAGCGCUGGGAUCAUCAGACACCACACCGGCACAAAUUCUUGCCAGAAAGAUAUCCCGACAAGGGCUUUGAUGAUAAUUAUUGCCGCAAUCCUGAUGGCAAGCCGAGGCCAUGGUGCUAUACUCUUGACCCUGACACCCCCUGGGAAUACUGUGCAAUUAAAAUGUGUGCUCACAGUACCGUGAAUGACACUGAUGUCCCUAUGGAAACAACUGAGUGCAUUCAAGGUCAAGGAGAAGGUUACCGGGGCACCAUCAAUACAAUUUGGAAUGGAAUUCCAUGUCAGCGCUGGGAUUCCCAGUAUCCUCACCAGCAUGACAUAACUUCUGAAAAUUUCAAAUGCAAGGACUUAAGAGAAAACUAUUGCCGAAAUCCAGAUGGGGCUGAGUCACCCUGGUGUUUUACCACUGAUCCAAACAUCCGAGUUGGCUACUGCUCCCAAAUUCCAAAAUGUGACGUGUCAAGUGGACAAGAUUGUUACCGUGGGAAUGGCAAGAAUUAUAUGGGUAAUUUAUCAAGAACAAGAUCUGGACUAACAUGUUCCAUGUGGGAUAAGAACAUGGAAGACCUACACCGGCAUACUUUCUGGGAACCAGAUGCUAGUAAGCUGAAUAAGAAUUUCUGCCGGAAUCCUGAUGAAGAUGCCCAUGGUCCCUGGUGUUACACAGGGAAUCCUCUCAUUCCUUGGGAUUAUUGCCCUAUUUCUCGUUGUGAAGGUGAUACCACACCUACAAUAGUCAAUUUAGACCAUCCUGUAAUAACCUGUGCCAAAACAAAACAACUGCGAGUUGUAAAUGGGAUUCCAACACGAACUAAUGUAGGAUGGAUGGUUAGUUUGAAAUACAGAAAUAAACAUAUCUGUGGAGGAUCAUUGAUAAAGGAAAGUUGGGUUCUUACUGCAAGACAGUGCUUCCCUUCUCGAAACAAGGAUUUGAAAGAUUAUGAAGCUUGGCUUGGAAUUCAUGAUGUUCAUGGAAGAGAUGAGAAACGCAAGCAAGUUCUAAAUGUUUCCCAGCUGGUAUAUGGGCCCGAAGGAUCAGAUCUGGUCUUACUGAAGCUUGCUAGGCCUGCAGUUCUGGAUGACUUUGUUAGUACAAUUGAUUUACCUAACUAUGGAUGUACAAUUCCGGAAAAGACCACUUGCAGUGUUUAUGGUUGGGGCUACACUGGAUUGAUCAACUCGGAUGGUCUAUUGCGAGUAGCACAUCUCUAUAUUAUGGGGAAUGAGAAAUGCAGCCAGUAUCACCAAGGAAAGGUGACACUGAAUGAGUCUGAAAUAUGUGCUGGGGCUGAAAAAGUUGGAUCAGGGCCAUGCGAGGGUGAUUAUGGUGGCCCACUUGUUUGUGAACAACAUAAAAUGCGAAUGGUUCUUGGUGUCAUUGUUCCUGGUCGUGGUUGUGCCAUUCCAAAUCGUCCUGGUAUUUUUGUCCGAGUAGCAUAUUAUGCAAAAUGGAUACACAAAAUUAUAUUAACGUAUAAGGUACCACAGUCAUAGCUGAAGUAAGUGUGAUUGACACUUCCAACAAUACAGCUCUCUUUUUCAUGAAGAGUUCAGCGAACAUGGAAUUAAUGUCACCUAUAACAAUCCUAAGACAACUACUUGAGUGUCGAGUUUGUUAAGAUACUCAUUAAUAUUUAUGGCUGUUUGUUGUUUUGUUUGUCAGUGUUAUUUUGUAAAUGUCGAAGUGAAUUGAGGUACAUGCAAGUGUAGUAACAUAGCUCCUGAAGAUACUUGAAUGGAUUAAAAAUUAAAGGUAUAAUUUCUGGAUGAUAAAAGAUUUAAUGAAAAAGAUCAAUUAAUCUCUAUGCUGCUUUCCAAGGUUAAUUUCUUAAUAAUGAAUAAACCAUAAGGUAAAUGUUAUUUUAACCUCACCACAACAAUUUAUUACAUUGUGUCUUUAAAUUGUAACUCUAUAUUAAAUUAUAUUCCCUUUCAUAUGUCAUAGAUUAUAUUUAAUUCAUUUUUUCUCAGCCUAUAUCCUAUAAUACUGCUAAACAAACACACUUUACAAAUAUGCAUAUCCAUGCACACAUUCCUAGGUAAACAUGUGCAUGCACUAGAGUUCAAAUUGUGGUGUUAUCUAAAGUAACUCCUAGAUAUUUUGGAAGUGAGUACUUAUAGUUUUUCCACAACAGCAAAAUAGUUUUCUAGAGAUGUGUAGAAACAUUAAGGAAUGGUGCAAGAUGGAAGAAACUAGCUCAGUGAUCAUCCAUAAUCUGCAGUUGACCUCCACUGCUUGGCAUUUAAGGUGUGGUCAUGACCCAUGGAGUUAAAGAACACCUAAUCUCGGUGUUUAUAUGUAUUUAUCAUCCUAGUUAUUUUAUAUAAUUUCUAAUUCUUAAAGGGAAGAGGGUAAUAUGUAUAUUUGCAUUACUUCUUUCCUCCAAUUGUAGGCACACUUAUUUAUGCAAGAUAUUUUAGAUCUAUUUUCCCAAAGCAUUUCUUAAAUUCUUGGGUAUCUAAAUGGAGAAGUUUAAAAGUGUGUCAGUCAGCAAAAAUGUCUUUAAAUAGGUUAAUUCUAAGACUUGCUGCUAUGAUUGGCUUCUAUUUCAACCACUAUACAGUUUUAAAAAUUAUUUUAAAAGAAAAUUUCCAUGUAUCUCCAAAGUUUUAUAAAUAGCCCUUCCUGAAAUCAUGUAUUAAAGUAUAAAUAAAUGGGGAAAGAAAGAAAUGUAGGUUUCUCAACCUGGAAGUCUUUUAGCUCAAUGUAAUCAAACUUUGCUCAAGUAAGAAAACCAAUAUAAGAGGUAAGGUAAGGAACUAGUUUGUCUAAAAGUUAGCAUUCAAUUAUUUUUUAGAGUAGAAUUGUAUCUGCUGAAUGAGAUAUUUUACCAAGAUACUCUUCAUUUUACUGUAUUUUAUUUUACACAGGUCUUUCAUAAUGCCAUGGAAAAUAUUCAUUCACAAUUUUUAUUCUGGUAGUAUAAUAGUCAAAUUAUAAACAUAUUUAUUGUUACAACAUAUUUAUUGCUGUAUUAGUUGUGAUUGCCCAAAGAUCCUAUUUUAUCAAGAAAUGGGAUAAUGAAAGUAAUAGGAUAGACUUUCUGAAUUUUCACACCUAUAAUACAAAGGAUCUUCACAAAUAAUAAGAAUUAGAACUUCCAUUUCUUUGACUUUGUUCUCUUGAAUGUAUUUUAUUAAGGCCAAGGGUCUGAGCAAUGCUCAAAAGUUCUUAUGGCAUAGUGUUAUCUUGUAUAAAAAAUGGGUUUUAAAUAUCUUAGAGAACUUAGUCCACAUCGCAUAGGGCAGCAAAUUCAGAAAUGCCUAUCCUGAUUAUAUCAUAUUUCUUUGCAAUAAGAUAUGUGCUGGUGUCAAGAAACUUAUAGCAGAAGUAAAGAAGGAUGCAAUAAGUUGCCAGUCCACACCAUCUUACCUGAUUGUGUUUUAUUUCCCUUAUAUAAUAAACCAUUCAAAUUAAAAUAUAUAGGAAUUUCAAAAGCAUGUUGCCAAAGUAUUAAAGUAUUUUUCACAUAGUUUCUUCCUGCCAUCUGGGCCAAAUUUUAUUGAUUAAUUCACAUACUAAUGCAUUUGUAAAAGGUUUACACAUAUUUCAAUACAUUUAAAUACUUUCAUGUUUUUCCUCUAAAUUUCCAUGGAAAGAAACACACAAGAUUCAGCUAACUCUUCAGACAUUUUGAACUCAGUGUUUUCCACUGUAUUAAAGGGUAAACACAACACCACCAUAACUCAUUAAACAUAGGGUGUAAAACGGUUCUCCUCUCUUGGGGAGGUUUCUCCUAUGUAGAAGAUCAGUAGAAUCGACAACAAGAGCCAGAUGAACAAGAUUCAGGUUAUUGAUAGGACAGAGUAUGAUGGUGUCAUUAUUCUUGGUGAAAGAUAACUCUACUGGGCAUUAUUUUUCCUAAUAAACUGCAAAAAAUAAUGUAAAAGACCAAUUUAUUCAAAAAUUCCUUUCAUUUUGUCUUGGAAAAACAUGACCUUUUAAAUUAGAAGUUUUCAAUGCUAUAUAUAUAUUUUUUGGCUGUUUGAGAUUAUAUGCUGUUAUCAUUGUAGACAUUUUCUUAUGUCUACCAGGAAUAGAAAUGUAAAAUUAAAAAUAAUUGUCAUAAUGCCUCUGCUGUGCAGAAGGGAUGAUGAUCUUUUUGUAUACUUCUUUAGUUUUAUGGUAAAAUGUGUAAUGAUUUUUACCUAUUUGCUGUGGGCGGGUCCUCAGUAAUGGGUUUAUACUGAGUCAAGCUCUAGUAUUACCAGGCUCUUGCUUGCUAUCUAAGUGUCUCAAACUAUGGGAAAUGUGAGACACUGGAAGGCAAGAUAAAAUAACAGUAAUGGCAUGUGAUAGCAAAAUUGUAUUUCACUUAUUCCUGUGAAUAUUUCUCGUUGGUACCAAUGGUACUGUACAGCGUGGAUGUUAUAGCCACAGCAUUCUCAUCAAAAGAACACUGUCAAGAAGUCAAAUAUCAAUAUCAGGCAAUUUGUUGUUGUUGUUUCUCAGCAAUAUUUUUGAAAUAUGAUAUUAUUUUUGCAAUAUGGAGAUCAUGAGGUAAAGAAUAAUUUUAAUGAACUCUUACACCAAAAAGAAUCUUAAAUUGAUUUACAGAGGUUUAAAAAUUAACUGCUUUAAGUCAAUUAUAUCCCAUAUUCAUAGACAAGUUCAUUUGAAAAGCAAAUUAAUUUGAGUAAAAAGAUAUAGUCUUUUUGUGAAUAAAUAAUUUUUCAAGAUAAAGUCCAAAAACAAGUUAUCUUGCAAUAUUCAACCAUUUUUAGUACUAAGAAUUCACUAAAACAAAAUCACAAAAGGUUAAAAUUAUUUGGACCCUUUAAAUCUUGACAGUAUAACUUUUAAGUAGGUUCAUUUCCAUUUGCACAGAAAGUUUCUGUCUUUUGGAAACUGAAAAUGGAAUACUGUGGAUGUUAUGGACUAUUUGUCUUGGAUGUAAAUAGGAAAUUGAUAAGCUGCCUAUUGCGUGGUAUAGCUGGUUGCUUACAAAAAAAAAAAAAAAUGGGAACACUGUGGUUAUGACUUUGUAUUAUAAAGUUU